CACUUCUACUGUAAACACGACAGGAUUCGCAGGACGUCGUGUUGUGAAAGGGCGCCUUUCCCAUAAGCAAAACAAAAACAAACAUUUGUUACUACACAACGCGUGUUUAUGGCUGAGGAGAUCGAGGAGAUUGCCGACCACCUUAAUAUGGAGAAUGAUGAUGAGGACGAGGUGGACGGCGCCGAAGGGGACAACGGUGUUUUGGAUGCACCGGUCGAAGAGGACGAAGAUGGGGAUCUCCUGGACCAGGAGCUGUUGACCGCUGGGGACGACGCCUUUGAGCCGGACGCGCCGGCGGAGCGCAGCGGCCACAUCGCGGUCUCCGAGGGCAUCUACAUGUACGUGUGGGGCGGAUAUAAGAACACUCAGACUGCAGGCUUCUUGGACUUCUACCUCCCCAGGAGUGAGAUCUGGAAAUAUAACACAGAGACAGGGAGAUGGACUAGGAUGAUUGCCGAGGGCGAUGUGCCCCCCUCCAUGUCCGGCAGCUGCGCCAUGUGUGUGGAUGGCGUCCUCUAUCUGUUUGGAGGCCACCACGCCCGUGGAAACACCAAUCAGUUCUACCGCCUUCCGCUGAUGACAAGCAAGGGCCUGCGCUGGGAGAAGAUGAGGAGGCUCAAGGGCCUGGCGCCCACCUGCAAGGACAAGUUGGGCUGCUGGGUGUACCAGAACAGGCUGGUGUACUUCGGAGGCUAUGGCUACGCUCCUCAAGGAAGUCAUCUGGGGACUUUUGAAUACGACGAGACGUCUUUCUGGGCAAACGGAGCUGGACGCGGGUGGAACAAUCACAUCCAUGUUCUUGAGCUGGAGGCGCUUGCCUGGAGCCAGCCCGUUACAAAGGGAAACCCCCCCUCUCCACGGGCUGCUCAUGCCUGUGCCACGGUAGGCAAUCGGGGUUAUGUGUUUGGCGGCCGCUACAGGGAGCACCGUCUCAAUGACCUGUACUACAUCAACAUGGACACCUGGGAGUGGAGUGAAAUGAGCGUCUCCCAGCAGGGUCCACUGGGCCGGUCCUGGCAUUCCUUCAUUCCCGUGUCCACAGACCACAUCUUUCUGUUCGGCGGCUUCACCACGGAUAGGCAGACGCUCAGUGAUGCCUGGCUGUACUGUAUAAGCAGAAAUGAGUGGAAGCCAUACAAACACAGCAACACAGAAAGCCCGAGGCUGUGGCACACCGCUUGUUACGGGCCGGAUGGGGAGGUGUUUGUGUUUGGAGGCUGCGCCAACAACCUGCUGUCCCAUCAGCGUGCAGCUCACAGCAAUGAGGUCCUCAUCUUCACUGUCCAACCCAAGUCUCUUGUCAGGUGCUGCGUCGAGGCUGUGCUGCAGCACAGGGAGCGACUGGCUGGUUCCUGGGAUCACCUGCCCAAACACCUGCUGCACCGCCUGAUGCAGCGGCUGAGCGGCAUCAACACUUUGGGCUCGUAGCUGCCGCUCGUCCAAAUGGUACACGAGAGUGCGCCACAGGCCGCCUGCAGGGGCUCAGCUCUCUUCUGUGGGCACACGUCCACCUCGUCUCCUUGACAGCUUGUUUGAAGGAAAACGGCUUCUUGCACCAUUGACGCUCGGUGACUAAGGGAAGAGGUGAGACGCUAAAGAGGGUCGCUGGUCUAUGUGUGUGUGUCUGUGUGUAACCCUGUGGGCACAAGCCGGUGCACAGCCACUCAUCCGGGCAGCAGGAGCCAAGUACUGUAAUAUUGUACAUCUGCAUUUCUCCUUGAGCUUUACUGUUGUCUUAUGAAAAGCACGUUUUGUGUUAGAUCUGCCUCUUUGACGUUACUGCAGAGACGCACGAUUUGGCCAUUUUUGUCCUCCUCCUCUUUCGCACCAGUGGCUUCCUGCUGAUUUUGCAGUCAUAUGAAACAGUGACAUGUUGCAAAGCCAGUGAGACCUGACAUUUGGGGAUAUUGCACUAAAAUGACAAUUUUACUUUGUCACUAAAAUUCAAGUAACAAUUCUAUUUUUUUAUUUGGUCUGUCUGAAUUGCUGUAUGUUCUCUGGCAUUAAAUACGGAAUACAAUUUUAAAAUGCGAAGAAAAGCACCAAGCAAAUAAAGUGACCUGAUUUCCGUUAUCCA